CGAGCGGGGCUCCCCCUCCCCCCGCCCUUGCCGUGCCCCCCCCGCCCCCCCCGGGACCCCCCGGACCCCCCGCCAUGGAGGACGUGACCCCCCCGGAUCUUCUGCCCUUCCUCCUGCAGGACUGGGGCGCUCAGGAGGGGGUGGGGGCGGCGCCGUUCGUGGAGAUCCUGGAGCAGCCGAAGCAGCGCGGGAUGAGGUUCCGCUACAAGUGCGAGGGGCGCUCGGCAGGGAGCAUCCCCGGGGAGCACAGCAGCGACAGCACCAAGACCCACCCCACCAUCCGCGUGAACAACUACCGCGGGCCGGGCCGGGUGCGGGUGUCGCUGGUGACCAAGGACCCCCCGCACCGGCCCCACCCCCACGAGCUGGUGGGCAGGGACUGCAGGGACGGGUUCUACGAGGCCGAGCUGAGCCCCGAGCGCAGCGUGCACAGUUUUCAGAAUUUGGGGAUUCAGUGUGUGAAGAAGAGAGAGCUGGAGGCGGCCGUGGCCGAGCGGAUCCGCACCAAUAACAACCCCUUCAACGUGCCGCCGGAGCAGCGCGGGGGCGAGUACGACCUGGCCGCCGUCAGGCUCUGCUUCCAGGUGUGGGUGAGGGGCCCGGGGGGGCUGCAGCCCCUCCCCCCCGUCCUGUCCCAGCCCAUCUACGACAACCGCGCCCCCAGCACGGCCGAGCUGCGCAUUUGCCGCGUCAAUCGCAACUCCGGGAGCUGCCGGGGCGGGGACGAGAUUUUCCUGCUGUGUGACAAGGUCCAGAAAGAGGACAUCGAGGUGCGUUUCUGGGCCGAGGGCUGGGAGGCCAAGGGCUCGUUCGCGCAGGCCGACGUGCACCGCCAGGUCGCCAUCGUGUUCCGCACGCCGCCCUUCCGGGACGCGGCGCUGCGCGCGCCGGUCACCGUGCGCAUGGAGCUGCGGCGGCCCUCGGACCGGCAGCGCAGCGCGCCCGUCGACUUCCGCUACCUGCCGCACCAGGGGGACCUGCAGUGCAUCGAGGAGAAGCGCAAGAGAACACGGGAAACGUUCCGGUCCUUCGUGCAGCGCAGCCCCCUGCCCGCUCCGGCGCCCAGCGAGGCGCGGCCCCCCCGGCGCGUGGCCGUGCCCUCGAGACCCCCCCAGACCCCCCAGAACCCCCCCAGCCUGGCCCCCCCCUUCUCUUUCGGGGUCCCGGGGGGGCUGCUGGGGGUCGCGGCGCCCCCCGAGCCGGAGCCCUUGGCCGAGGCGCUGCUGCAGCUGCAGUUCGAGGAGGGGCCCCCCCCGCCCCCCCUGGAGCUGGGGGCGCUCCUGGGGGACCCCCCCGUGCCCAUCCCCCCCCUGGACGCCAUCACCCCCUCGGACGUGCAGCGCCUGCUGGGCCCCCCCGAGCCCCCCAGCCCCGGGCCGGAUUUCGGGGCCGCCCCCCCGGAUUUGGGGGGCCCCCCCACGCUGCUGUCGUACCCCGAGGCCAUCGCGCGGCUGGUGCAGAGCCAGAGCCCGGGGGGGCCCCCCGAGCCCGCCCUGGGGGGGAUGGGCGCCAUGGGGGGGAUGGGCGCGGUGGGGGCGGGGCCCGAGGACUCGCUGCCCUCCCUGGGGGAGCUGGACCUGAGCGCCUUCCUCAGCCAGUUCCCCUCCUCCUGACUGGGACGGACUGGGACGGACUGGGAUGGACUGGGACGGGCACUGGGAUGGACUGGGACGGA